UGCUUUUCAGUUAUUCUGACUCUCGCUCAAUAGUUUUCAUUUAUUCGUACCUUCAUCAUGAGGGUCGUCUCAUCAUUCGUUAUAACCUCAGCACUUGCGGCUCGUGUAUUGGGCGCAUCUAAUAGCUCAUCUGGUCUUCUCUCGUCCGAUCCUGACCGUUUGGGCAACUUCGCUAAGGCCUAUCAAAAAGCCAAAGCGUUUGUGGCCCAAUUGACCAACUCACAGAAGAUCUCUAUUAUCACCAAGGGCGAUGUUACCUCAAACUCUUCCUCGACUUCCAAAGUCUCAUGGAUCGCUUACACAACCAAAGAUGCUAUCGCAGGCAUGAACUCUGCAGGUGUCAUUGGUGGAGGCCGACAUUUCCUGCUCAACGAGCAGGAGACAAACCGAACAGCAGGACUGGGUGGUUCUACAACCAUUGGUUACUCCAGCAACGUUGACGACAAGACAAUCCACGAGUUGUACCUUUGGCCAUUUGCAGAUGCCGUGAGGUCAGGUAUGGCUGCAGUAAUGUGCUCAAUGAACCGUGCCAACAGCACAUACUCAUGCGAGAACAACCGCCUGCUCAAUGAGCUUCCAAAGGAUGAACUUGGGUUCCCUGGUCUCUGGUCGGAGUCGACCAUGGAGGCAGGCAUUGCUAACGGCUCUCUUACACAAGUUCGUCUCAAUGAUAUGGCCAUGCGUAACGUUAUUCCUUACUAUUUAGUUGGUCUGGACGAUGGAAUGUUUCCAUCGAAGGCCGAGAUCACCGAGUACCGCGAAGUACGGGCAAACCAUAGCAGACUGAUUCGCAAUAUCGGCGCAAACUCCCUCGUCCUGCUCAAAAACUCGAACAGCUCAAAUGCCGGUGUUCCCCUUGAAAAGCCACGCAUUGUUAGCAUCUUUGGUGCUCAUGCUGGACCUGCCAUGGCAGGUCCCAAUAUGGCCUUCGGUGUGCAAGGUACCGAAGGACCAACCUACCAAGGCCAUUUGGUUUCUGGGUCUGGUUCUGCUCAAUUGUCACUCAGUUACAUCAGUACACCUUACCAAAGCAUCAUGAAUCGCACUAUCAAUGAUGGCGCCAUGCUUUGGUGGGUCAUGAACGACACAUACUCAUCCUCAUCUAACUCGGGAGGUAUGGUUAAUGGCUCACCUAUGUCUGGAACGAACUGGAAUGGGGGAGGCAACUCUACGGAUAGCGGUAUGGGCGGUGGUCCAAGCAUGGACAGUGGCGUGAGUAUGGGCGGAGGAGCCGGUGGUGCUGGCAUUGGACAGUCUGGCACUUCCACAAGGCCGUCCUUCAGCAAUUACGCCUCAGUUUCAGAAGUAUGCAUAGUCUUCUUGAACUCUUUCUCUGGUGAAGGUGCAGACCACACAGAGCUCUUCAACAAGGACCAGGACACAAUGGUCACAACCAUCGCUUCCGAGUGUAACAACACUAUUGUCGUCAUCAACACCCAAGGCCCCCGUUUGAUGGAAGCAUGGAUUGAUAACGAGAAUGUGACUGCUGUUUUGUAUGGCGGUUAUCUCGGGCAGGAAUCUGGCAAUGCGAUAGCUGACGUACUUUACGGCGAUGCCUACCCAAGUGGCAGACUGAUCAACACGAUCGCGAAGAACGGAAGCGACUAUCCGGUCAAAAUCUGCUAUGACGCCGACUGCGACUUCAACGAGGGCGUACACAUCGACUACAGGCACUUUGAUAAGUACAACAAGACAGUCCGCUUCCCUUUCGGAUAUAGCCUUUCUUACACUUCUUUUGAGUACUCACGAGUCCAAGUCAGCAGUACUGAUUCGUCCGCAUUGGCAAGCACGUAUCCUACAGGAAUUGCUACCCUCGGUGGAAAGUCUGAUCUCUUUGACAAUAUUGUCUCUAUCGAUUUCACACUCUCCAACACAGGCGAAAAGGCAGGCACAGAGGUUGCUCAGCUCUAUGUUGAAUACCCGGCUAGCGCUGAGCAACCUCCUAAGCAGCUACGUGGAUUUAAGAAAUUUGCUCUCGAAGCUAGCGUUUCGACUAAAGUCACCUUCGAGAUCCGCCGCAGGGAUAUUAGUUACUGGGAUGUCCCAGCACAAGAUUGGGCACUUGCUAAGGGCGAUUACACUUUUUACGUGAGCUCAAAUUCGCGCGAUAGCAAGGGAACCGUAACAUCACUGUUUAAAGGUAGUACGCACUCACGGAAUGUUCAUGUCGUUUCUAUGGCUAAAAUCAGGUUAAAUGGAUAG